CUCAGACGCUACCGAACGCCGGUACGGUGUUGCACGGUGUGUGCUGUUCUUUCUUCGCCGUCCCAUCGGGAGAACAGACAGACAGACAGACGGACAGACAGAUAGAUAGACAGACAGAGACAGAGAGAGAGAGAGAGAGAGAGAGAGAGAGAGAGACAGAGAGAGAGAGCAACCGAGCGAGCGAAGGAGGGGGAGAGAGAGGAGAGGAGAGGAGUGGAGAGGAGUGGAGAGGAGAGGAGAGGAGAGGAGAGGAGAGAAGAACAGAGUCAGAGAUCAUCGCGUGGACCAUCUUCUCGCAAAGUCCUCGCGCGUACCCUUCUUCCCAUACCGAUCCUCUACUUUUUAUUCUUCGUAUCUCGUCAUUGUCCACUCGCGUUUGCAACGACGGACGCACGCGGAUAAUUAAAAGGAACAACAGGUUCUUCGUCUUGCAUUCUUUUAUUCAAAUACUCACGUAAUGAGUCGUUGAAGAAUUCGCCGAAAGAAAGAGACAGAUAAAUAGAAAGAAAGAGAUUGUAAUUUCACGCGAGAAGAGGGCGAAGAGAUCGAGGAGUACUCUUUGCCUGUUAUCGAAAUGAAGAAGAAUCGUGUUUUAUUAAAGAGUGCGUUGCUCUUCUUGCUGAUCGGCGCUGAUCUACUACUCGUCUCCGCAUCCGAGCAUUUGCCAGAGCAAGAAUAUGGUAUAACAACCAACGAGUCGCCGUUGAGAGAUUAUGCACCGGAGACGACUGGAUGGAAGAAAGAAAGAAAGAAAGAAAGAAGGGGAGGAAGAGAUACAUCUAUCCAUGCUCGAUCGUCGGAAGUGGGUCUCGCCGGGGAGGAAUUAUUUGCUUUCGUCAAAAACAUGCGGCUUUGGUCUGCCUUCCGAAAGAUAUCCGGCUCCAGUCCCGGGCGCGAGCACAGGGGCCCUUUUGUCGUCGAGCGGACUUGCCUUCUUCUCUUCCCUUAUCUUUUUUUUUGCGCUAGAAUCGACAAACUUCCCUCGAAGAGAACUCACGAAAGAAGAAGGCGCGCCGCGAACGAUGACUUGGUUUUCGAUCAAGAUGGCAAACAAUCGAGCUUGGAAAUUCCGUUGAUCGAAAAACACGAGGAGCAAUCGAUCUUUCAUAGGAUAAAGAGAUCGUUCUUUAGUUUUUUCGAUCCCUUCGUAUCCGCUACUACUACCAAUACCAGUGGUAUUAACGUCGACAACGGUACCACCACUUCAGCGACCGGUACCACGUUAUCGUCGCCGACGAACUUUCGAAAAAAUGAGGACACCGUUGGCCAGAUCGACGAUACGAAUAAUACCGACAUUACGAAAUCUAAGAAAACCAGUCCGAAUUUGGAGAGAUUGAUUCGGGAUAGUCAAGAGGAGUACGUCGACGAUAAGCAGGAGAACGAGAUCGGUGACGUGGCGGAAGGGCGAAGACAACCGCAGAAUUAUGUCAAUUCCGACGACGAGGACCUCGUGGCGUCGGGCGAGAUCGAGGGUAGCGCAACGGACUCGGACGUUUCCCAACCUGUCACGGAGGGACAAAAGAUCGAAGGAAAGGCCCGAUUUUAUCGGAUAACGUUGACGGUUGGCGAGCCUUACAGAAGAGAGUACGCCGACAGAAAGAGCAGGGAGUACAAGGAGCUAAGCGGUAAUUUGACCCAGGCUUUGGAAGAGCUAUACGCUCGACAUAUUCCCAAUUACGAUCACAUGGCCAACGUCAUUAAAAUAUCGCCAACGUCCGACGCGUUUACGUCACAAGUCACACUCGACAUUGGUUCUACGUUCACGGAUGAGUUGGAGGUACGGGAUAUACUCGAGAAACAGUUGCAGUAUCAUUCCUUGGGAAGCAUCCAAGUUGGUCCGGAGGGAUUCACUUUCCGACAUUUUCUAGGGAUGGAAAACGUAUUACCGGAAUGCGAUCAAUCGAGCGAAUUAACGUGUAGAAACGGUGCAUGCGUGCCAUUAGAUUCGCGCUGCGACGGCACGGACCAAUGCGAGGAUGGAUCCGACGAGGUCGAUUGUCACUCUACGUUACGGCCGACUACGACGCACGUUAGCGAGAGCGAAGAAGAGAGAUGGCCUUUGCCAACGGAGGCAACCAGCGAGGGCGAGGAGCCGACCGACACAGGGGAGGGGGACCUGAAAAGAGCCAAAGGAGAGGAAGAGGAUUCGACCUUGAGGGCAGCUUCGAACAAAUGUCGCGCCGACGACGUGGUCCGCUGUCAGGAUGGAAGUCGUUAUAUUUGUUCCGUACAGCGAUGCGACGGCGUGCCGGAUUGCGAGGACGGGGCCGAUGAAGUAGGAUGUCCGCAUUCAGGCUGCAAGUUUGGCGAAUUCGCUUGCGACGUGCGAAGGUGCAUCCUGGAAUCUCAACGUUGCAACUUCGUCGAGGAUUGUCAAGACGGAAGCGACGAGCACAAUUGCAACUAUCCCGCGUGCACGGUGAGCCAAUUCAAAUGCAGGAACGGAGAGUGUAUCGACGGAAGCAAGCAUUGCGACGGUGUUUUGGAUUGUCGAGACAGAUCGGACGAAUAUGGCUGUCCCUGCAGGGAAUACCAAUUCGAGUGCUCGGCCGGUUACUGCGUAGAUCUAUCUCGUCGCUGCGACGGAUACGCCGAUUGUUCCAACAAAAAGGACGAAGAAAAUUGUAUCGGAACGACAAGAUGCCGAGAGGACGAGUUCGAAUGUGCCAGCGGUACGACGUGUGUCAGCAAGAUGGCAAGGUGUGAUGGACGAAACGACUGCGACGAUCGUUCAGACGAAUAUAAUUGCACCGUAACAACCUGCAGCAGCGAUCAGUUCCGUUGCAUAGACGGCAUCUGUCUGAGCAUCGACAAAAGAUGCAACGGCGUGGCUGAUUGUCGUAACGGCGAGGACGAAAACCAGUGCGGUUGCGGAGAUGCAGAAUUUCGGUGCACGGACGGCCGAUGUAUAGGCUACGAGUUGCAGUGCAACGGGGUGAACGAGUGUUCCGAUGGCUCGGAUGAGAGGGAUUGCGAAAAGUACAGCCAACGAAAGAAUUAUAAUCCCAAACGCAUCAAAGCGAUCGUAAGGAAGUUGUUCAAGGCUAAGGAAGCAUCGCUAGCGAGCAAGUACAAGAGACUGAAAACUAGUGAAAAAAGAUUGAAGGAGAAGCGACCGAUCCUCGAGAUGUGUGCCAACGAAUAUUUGAGGAAUAAUUCGUCGAAUGACAGUCUAUGCUCUCAGAUAAUUAGAAAACUGGGGAAACAAUGGAUACGCCAUUGGAAAUAUCAUGAAAGCGAACGAAGGAGAGAGGAAGAGAGUCUCGUAUCCUCGUUGCUGAAAUCUUUUCCCGAGUUGGAAGAUCGGAAAUUUGAAAAUUCGAAUACGAUACUCUUCGAUGAUUCGACUCCAAGGCAAUAUUCGAUGGAAGAUAACUUAAUUCGUUGGUCGACUCAAAAUGAUAUUUCGAAUGAUACAAGCAAAAUUGUUUAUUCGACGAGUACAAACGGAUAUUUUGUCGGUACGAGCGAGGAUUGGAACGAGACGAUUGGAACGGAAAGUUCGAGCGUGACUUUGAGUUCGACAGUUUACGAGGAGAACGAUGAAAAGUAUUUGGAAGAUAAGACGAACGACGGCUAUUCCGAAGACAGUGAUUCGUCGGUAUCAAAAACAACGACGACGAAUUCUCGAGACGUCACGACGACGAAGAUGAAUAUGACGCAUUGGGAAACAGGCUCGAACGAAUGUACGUCAAAGUGUGCCGAAUUCUGGAUAAAAAAAUUCUUGAAAGAAGUGAUGAAAAAUUCGACAAAAUCCAUUGAAAGUUUCACCAAGGGCAAGAUUGCGAGCGACCAGCCGGAUGUUGAUUCUAUCGAAUCAACGACAUAUAAAAGUUUUACUUUCGAAAAGGAACCGUUACACGUUAUUCCUAUAAAAAAUAUUAAAGAGUUUCUUUCAAAGAAGAACUUGAGCGAGAACGAGAAGACGUUUUUUUGGGAAACGAAUGACAUAACGAACGCAACUACAGAAUCGUUCGAUUUUCCUCUAUUCGAUGAUAUGAUUAAUUGGCAAAAUAUGACUACUACCGAAAGUAUUCGGGAGAAUAUUUUUGAUUCGAGAGAGAUAACUGAAAAUGAGAAGGACGCAACGGACGAGCCAAGCUCUUCGUCGGUUAUUCCCGCCGAUUGUAACGAUAAUUAUCAAGGCGAGACCUCGACCUUGAAAGAAAUUGAAUCAAAGAAGAAUACGGAUAGCUUCGAAUCGAACGAGUGCGACGAGGAUUCGACGAGAUUGUAUUACAAGUCGACGAAAAGCGCAACGGAGGAAAAUGGGCAAGAUUACGCCGAGGAUUCAGUUGAGAACGGGGAGGAGGAAGAUGAUGAGGAUGAGGAUGAGGAUGAGGAUGAAGAAGAGGACGAUGAUGUUGACGACGACGACGACGACGACGACGACGAAGACGACGACGACGACGACGAUGACGACGACGACGACGACGACGACGACGACGACGACGACGACGACGACGACGACGGCGACGACGACGACGACGACGACGACGACGACGACGACAAGUGCAACGACAGCCAGCAUAGUUGCGACGAAGGUAAUAGGUGUGUUACGGAGGAACAAGUUUGCAACGGGAUCGUCGAUUGUGACGAUGGCACCGACGAGAUCAGCUGCGAUUAUUAUUUUGACGUGAUAAAGAAAGUCGACAAAUUUAACGACAAGGACUGCAACCUCUUCGAGUUUCCUUGCGAUGGAAAGUGUAUAGACUCGUUGCUCUUAUGCAAUGGCGUUAAAAAUUGUCUCGAUGGCACCGACGAAGAGGAUUGCGAUGUUUCCGAGAAAAAAGACCGAACCUGGCCAGGAUGGGCGAACGAGAAAACGUGGGAAUGCGAUCCUAAUCGAGAAAUGCGCUGCGACGACGGCAAAUGCGUGCUUCUCAAGCGUAAAUGCGACAAUAUCUUCGACUGUCUCGAUGGUACCGAUGAGCGCGGUUGCGGAAUCUGCACGCCUGCCGAAUGGAAGUGCGCCAGUGGCGAAUGCUUGCCAGAAAACGAAAGAUGCGACGGGAUACGCAAUUGUGUCGAUGGAUCCGACGAGUCUGGAUGUGUAACUGAAUGUCCGCCUGGAAACUUUCGAUGCAACGACGGAUUGUGCCUCGACAGUAAGAAACGUUGCGACGGACGAUCGCACUGCUUGGACGGCUCCGAUGAGAUCAAUUGCCAGUGCCCGAUUGGUAAGAGAGCGUGCGACAACGGCGUUUGCAUCGACGAGAGAUUCUUCUGCGACAAAAAUUACGACUGUCUGGAUCGCAGCGACGAAUUUGACUGCCACGACGAGGCAACGAGCGAAAAGGGUUAUCCGAAGGAGAAGGAGUGUAGCGAGAACGAGUUCACCUGCAAUGACGGAUCUUGUAUACCUCGAUAUCUCGUCUGCGAUGGUAGAUCGGAUUGUUCGGAGGGUACGGAUGAGUUCGGCUGUCCUCCUCACGGGUGCGGACAAGAUCAGUUUCAAUGCAGAACCGGCGAUUGUAUUAGAAACGACCAAAGGUGUGACGGACGUAUCGAUUGCGAGGAUGGCUCGGACGAACCCUCCGAGUGUGACGCGACGACGCUCAAGCCAGAAGGACCAGGCGCCCGUCCGAUGCCAGGUCGUUGUCCAGCCGGACAAUUCCAAUGCAUUUUGGAUAAGGCCUGUGUACCGCAGUCAUCCAUUUGCAAUGGCGUUCCCGAAUGCCGAGACGCCAGCGACGAAAACAAUUGCGGUUCAACCGGUGGAUCGACCGGACUGAACUUGAAAACUUAUCCGAGCGAGCAAGUGAUCAAGGAGAAUCCGGCGAAGCAAGGCCGUGAGGUCGUCUUCCAAUGCCGUGACGAAGGUCCUCUGCGUGCAAGAGUACGCUGGCUUCGCGAUAACGAUCUUCCUCUACCGCCUGCCAGUCGAGAUCUUAAUGGCAGAUUAGAAAUACCAAACAUUCAGCUCGAUCAUGCGGGAAUUUACAUUUGCGAAGCAGUGGGCUAUCCUCCAUCCAUGCCAGGAAGUCGGCUAAGCGUCAAUCUCACUGUCGAAAAGUUCGAGGAACCAACAACGAGACCCCCACAAGUCUGCCAAUACGAUCAGGCCACUUGCAGCAACGGAGAUUGCAUUCCGAAAUCGUACGUCUGUGAUGGAAAAUUCGAUUGUACCGACGGCUCAGACGAGAUGAGAUGCAGUCCGCACGGGUGCGAGCCCAACGAAUUCAGAUGCAACAACAAGCAGUGCGUGAGUAAGCUUUGGCGUUGCGACGGUGAAAGGGAUUGCGCCGACAACAGCGACGAAGAGGAUUGUGCACCUGCUCCGCCUGGUUCACCCUGCCGUUAUCACGAAUUCGCUUGUGCGUCGUACAAUCAAUGCAUACCGAAGGUUUAUCAUUGCGAUCGAGAACGGGACUGUCUCGAUGGUAGCGACGAAUUUGGCUGCUCUCCCGUAUACAUCGUUAAGCCGCCACCGCCUAUGGUAGUCCUCGAGCCGGGUGACGUUAUGGUACUGACCUGUACGGCAAUCGGCGUGCCCAUUCCGGAGAUAAACUGGCGACUAAACUGGGGACACAUACACGCGAAAUGCAGCAGUACCUCCGUGAACGGAACCGGGACAUUAACGUGCCCUGAUAUACAGCCAGAGGACUCGGGCGCUUACUCCUGCGAGGCUUUGAACGUUGUCGGCUUCGUUAUAGCCCAACCGGACGCUAUUUUGGUGGUAAAAGAGCCAAAGGGCAUUUGCCCGAAGGGAACGUUCAAUGCCGAGGCGCGUUCCGUCGACGAGUGCAUAUCUUGCUUCUGCUUCGGCGUAGCUACCGAGUGUCGUAGCGCGAAUUUGUUCACUUAUCAGAUACCACCUCCGUUCGAAAGUCACAAAAUCAUAUCGGUACAAACGGAAGCGGAAAUACGUUUUUACGGUGACAUCAAAGAUCAAAUAUCGGAGGUUCGACCGAUCGGCCGGGAUGGGAUUCAAUUGCUCGAAUCGUUUAGCAACGAAAUGAGUACCUACAGGAUACCGUACUACGCCUUAUCCGAGAAUUAUCACGGUAGCCAAUUAAAGUCUUACGGUGGUUACUUGACUUAUACGAUACAUUACAAUGGCAACGGUGCGCCUAACGACGCGCCCUCGGUCAUUCUUACCGGCAACAAGUACAUACUCGUUCACAAAGGCAACCACAUACCUCCCGAUUACGAGACGAAAGAAUCCGUUAGAUUUUUCUACGGCGAGUGGUAUAAGCGUCAUGGUAACACCGAGGUACUGGCAUCCAGAGAAGAAAUAAUGAUGACGCUGGCGAACGUCGACAAUAUUCUCAUCAAAGCAAAAUACGAAGAUUCCCCGCAAUUGGACGUGCGUAUCACCAAUAUCGUAAUGGACACCGCAGACGUGCGCAACACCGGAUUAGGAUCCGCGUCCUUUGUGGAAGAGUGUCAAUGCCCUACCGGAUACAACGGUCUUUCGUGCGAGAACUGUGCCUCGGGAUAUCUUAGACGCGAGACCGGACCGUGGCUUGGACAAUGUUACCGAGACGAUCCACCCUGCGCUCCCGGUUACUACGGAGAUCCUUCGAGGAACAUACCUUGCCAGCUUUGUCCGUGUCCUCUGACCAAUCCAUCGAAUCAAUUCACACGAACCUGUCAUCUCGGAUCGGACGGUGAGCCUACGUGCGAUUGUCCAGCCGGAUACGUCGGUCGUAGGUGCGAACAAUGUGCUAUUGGCUAUCAAGGAAAUCCCAUCAUUCCCGGUGAUAUGUGCGUACCCGUGCAACAAUGCGAUCCCGAUGGUAGUCUCACACCGAACGCCGAUCCCAAUACCGGAAAAUGUCGUUGCAAGCUAUACGCAACGGGCCUGACGUGCAACCAAUGCAAGGCAAAUACAUUCAACCUGGGCUUUAGGAAUCAAUUCGGAUGCAUAAGUUGCUUUUGCAUGGGUAUUACGAAUAAAUGUGUAUCGUCCAAUUGGUACAGAAACGAGAUUCACGUGUCCUUCACAAAUUCCUUACGAGGUUUUACGCUGACCGAAUCGAAAACACCCGACGCACCACCGAUAACGGAUGGCAUUCGACUCGAUACGAUCAAUCGCGAAAUAGUCUACAACGAUUUUCAUAAUCGCGGCAACAAUGAUGUUUAUUAUUGGCAAUUGCCGAAUAUUUUCCUCGGCGAUCAAAUAACAUCGUACGGUGGUAAUCUGAAAUAUACGGUUCGAUACGUCCCAUCGCCGGGUGGCCAAAGUUCGAGAAACAACGCCGCGGACGUCGAAUUGAUCAGCGCCAAUGACAUUAAAUUGCUCUAUUAUUCGCGAGAAUCUCCCGAACCGAAUUCUCAGCAAUCGUUCGUCGUUCCAUUGCUCGAGCAAUAUUGGCAACGUGCCGAUGGAACCACAGCCGACAGAGAACAUCUUUUAAUGGCAUUAGCGGACGUACGAGCUAUCAAGAUUAAGGCUACUUACACGACCCACACCGACGAGACGGCACUUUCCUCGGUUUCCCUUGACACGGCAGAAAAGCAUAACACCGGAAAGGCAAGAGCGGUCGAAGUUGAGGAAUGCAGUUGUCCCGUUGGAUACAAGGGACUCUCGUGCGAGGACUGUGACGUUGGUUAUACAAGGGCCAUGGAAGGCUUAUAUCUUGGAAUUUGCGAGCCUUGUAAUUGCAACGGACACUCGAGUCAGUGCGAUCCCGAGACCGGUCUCUGCGAGAAUUGCGCCGAUCAUACUACCGGAGAAUACUGCGAGAGAUGUGAAUCCGGAUACGAAGGAGACGCGACCCGUGGUACUUCCAGUGAUUGUACGCGCAGAAAUAAUCCUCUAGAGUGCAACUGCAACGAAGCUGGAUCCCGUAGCUCCUCGUGUUUUGCCGGUCGCUGCGAAUGUAAGAGGAACGUCGAGGGACCGGAAUGCGACAGAUGCCGUCCGGGUACCUUUGGAUUGUCCAGAGAAAAUACGGACGGUUGUAACGAAUGUUAUUGCAGUGGUGUGACCAAACAAUGCCACGAAAGUUCGCUCUACGUUCAACAAAUACCAAUAUGGGUUUAUGAUAGCCAUCAUGGAUUUACCCUUACCGAUGACACGAGACAAGACGUUAUAAACGACGGCUUUGAUUUGAAUGUUGCUAUGAACGAAAUUGGAUAUCGCUAUCCCGACAAUCGCAGUCGCAGACUAUUUUGGUCUUUGCCGUCCGCUUUCACCGGUAAUCAAGUAAAAAGCUACGGUGGCAGUUUAACUUUUACUCAGCACAUCACCGCACAGCCUGGCGCACAAACCUAUAAAGAUCAAGACGUUUUACUCAUUGGAAAUGGCAUCACAUUAUUCUGGACUAAUCCAGUAGAUCUUUCACCGGACAUACCAAUGACCUAUUCCGUUCUAUUGAAAGAAUCAGAAUGGAAACGAUUAACGACAGCGGGUCCACGGAGUGCUUCUCGUACGGAUAUGAUGACGGUUCUUUCCAAUAUCGAAGCUAUUCUGGUCCGAGCUUCUCAUAGUGAAGAAAUGACGGCGACUUACAUCAGCGACAUUAGUCUCGAUACAGCGGUAGAAAAUUUCUCUGGACAUAGAAGAGCACCUAACGUCGAAGCGUGUCGUUGUCCAGCCGGUUACGUCGGAACAUCUUGCGAAACUUGUGCUCGUGGAUAUUACAGAGAUACCAGUGACAGAGCUUUUAGCGUUCUUGGCUCCUGCAAUCCUUGCCCGUGUAAUAACAACGAAGAAAAUUGUGAGAUCAAUAGGUCCGGACACGUCAAGUGUAAUUGCUUGCCAGGCUAUACAGGACAAAAUUGUCAAGACAUUGAAGAAGUAAGGCCGUUUCAGUCAAUCGAGGCUCCGUUAGAAAUUAUAGCCGUAACAUUUUUCAAACGGAUUAUCUAUAAAACUAUAAAACGAGAUAGCACAAAUUAUUUUCACAUUGAGAUUUAUCUUUUAGACGAAUAUCCUCAAACUACUCCUCCUCCAACACCGACGAUUACCCCACCAAGAAUUGUCGUUUUCGUACAAGAACCAGAAUUCCAAAUUGUACAUACUGGAAAUACCGUUAGAUACCAUUGCAGCGGUAGAUCGCUCGACAAUGGCUCUUUGUAUAUUCGCUGGGAGAAGGAAGGUGGCCAGUUACCAUCGGGUAGAAGCAUAGACGAUUCUCACGGAGUCUUAAUUAUUAGAGACGUCAAAGUAUCCGACAGUGGUAUAUACGUUUGUCAAGUUAGCGACGGGAUAAACAUUGGAAUUAAAAAAGUUACUCUUACCGUUGGAGCUUUUCCGAAAAGUUUAUUAGAGAUACCAGGAGCAAAUCAGAUAAAACCUCGAGUCGUCAUUAUGCCACCUUACCUCGAAGUUAAAGAAGGAGAACCGGUAGAAUUUCAUUGCGAUGCCAGUGGUAAUCCCCCUCCGCAAGUAGAAUGGAUCCGACUUCACGGAAGUAUCAGCUCGGAGUCGUCGUUCCAUAAUGGCGUUUGGAGGCUCCCAGCUGCCUCGAGAAACGAUGCGGCCGAAUAUAAAUGCAUUGCUAAGAAUAACGUCGGGGUGGAGGAAAAAACAACGAUUCUAUACGUUAGAGAAAAUCCAGAAGGUCCUCCGGCUACUGGUUUGGCUCCGAUUAUAACACCCGCCGAAUGGAUUGGUUCUAUCGGAGAUGUCGUCAGAUUAACUUGUACCCCGUCGCAAAAUGCAAACCUAACGUGGAUUCGAUCCGACGGUUUGCCUCUACCUUACUCCGCGACUCAGCGCGAUGGCACUCUGAUAAUCAAUAAUCCGACGAUUAAUGAUUCCGGUUUAUAUGUCUGUAUCGCUGUCAGUUACAAAGGAACAGAAACAAAUUCUACCGCUAGGAUAACGAUUAUUCCACGAAGAGAUCCACCAACGGUUAAAGUCAAGCCUGAGAGACAAACGAUAUCUCAAGGUACGUCGACCGAAAUACGUUGCGUUACGAGCGGAGAACCGGGCCUCCAAGUGAAAUGGAGCAAAUUGUCGGAAACGAUGAACUCGAACGUCCAACAAGUCGGAGAUACCCUUAGAAUUAUUAAUGCACAAGUUUCCGAUCGAGGCGUUUAUAUCUGUCGUGUCAGUAGUACCAUAGGCAGCUACGAAGCUAGUGCCAUCGUCGAAGUUGAACCUCGUGAAAUUCCGGUACUCGAAUUAUAUCCAAAGGACAUCCAGCCAGUUACGCUUGGCGGCUCUGCUGAUUUACAAUGUCGCGCCAUAGCCGGUCUUCCACUUCCCGAGAUCCGCUGGUCUCGUCAAGAUGGUAGAUCAUUUGCUCCGAACAUCGAACAACUUCCUGGCGGAUUAUUGAGAUUUUCUAAUAUUACGAUAAACGACGGUGGCUCUUACGUGUGCUCGGCGACAAAUGAAGUUGGUUCUGCCUCUGAGAUAGCUCAUAUCGAAGUACAGUCGAUACCUGUUAUUACGAUCGAACCAAGGGCAGGUAUUUUGCAAGUCAAACUUGGGGAUAGGGUGCGAUUGGCUUGCAGCGCUGUAGGCCAUCCGCAACCAAAUGUUGCCUGGAGUAAACAUAUCAAUGGAUUGGCCACGUACGAUGCGUACAGCAAAACUGCAGCAACGCCGUUAAGUGCGGUAUACGAAAUAUUCUCGGUUUCUCCCGACGACGAAGGGUCGUACUCUUGUCAAGCAUCAAAUUCGGUAGGCAUAGUGGAGGACCGUGUACAAAUACGAAUCGAGGACAACGAUAUUGAAUCUACACCUUGCAGAGGUGAUAUGAUGACUUGUGAUAAUGACAACAGACGUCCACCAAUUCAGGAUCACAGAAAUCCUUACGAAGGUGGUGUAUUGAUUCCCGAAGACUUUUUAAGAAUUCCCAAUAACGGUAAAGUGGAAAUGCGUUGUCAGGUAAUUGCCCCCGAUGGCGAUCAGAUUUAUCUUGACUGGAAGAGAAGCGAUCAUCGUGCCUUACCGAAGGGCAGCACCGUUCAUAAUGGCGUUUUAAGCAUUCCAACGGUCGACAAAAGUGCCGCAGGGGAAUACAUUUGUCUUGGUUUAAAUCCCGCCGGGACGGUCAUUUUCAAGGCUAAAUCUCAUCUGGAAAUUAUAUCUCCACCAAGAAUCGAGCUAAAUCCAACUCGUCAAACUGUAGGACCUGGAAAAAAUCCUUCUAUAACUUGCACCGCAACCGGGGACAAGCCCCUUCACAUUCAAUGGGAAGCUAUAGGACGGCCACUUCCCUAUUCCGUAUCCAAUGAUAAUGGCGUUUUGCAAUUCCAUGGUAUAACGUAUUCAGAUGCCGGAAAAUAUGUUUGCAAGGCUACGAACGAAGCGGGCACAGCGGAGGCGGUAGCGGAAGUCAUAGUAAAUGAACAUACCUACGACGACACAAGCAUUCGUGCCACGCAAAGGGACGUUACAACGUAUCCAGGUAAUUCUGUACGUUUGCGUUGCGAAAUCAGAGAACAUGCUGCAAUAGAAUGGAGUAGAGAGGGCCAAUUUUUGCCUUUACAUAGUCGAAUUGGCGAUGACUAUUUAGAAUUGACGCAAGUGAGACCAGAAGACAGUGGAAGAUAUAUUUGUCAAAUUCGUAACUCCCAUGGAGUUUCCAGUGAUUACAUUAAUUUAAAUGUAAUACUAGUUAAUUUGCUUGCGGAUUGCAUGCCAGUGUACCGAUCCCAGUGCAGACCCGGGGAGUAUCAGUGCUACGGUCAACAAUGCAUUCAUUUGGAUUACUUUUGCGACGGCUAUGCUCAAUGCAACGAUGGUACUGAUGAACGCUUCUGCCGCAUCCCGCAAUAUCGCCAAUUUCUUCAAAGACGACGCGCUGCCGUUGCACCUGCACUUACCAUCGAGGCAUCUCAAGAUCCUGUAAAUAUCGGAGAUACGGUUGACAUACGUUGCGCAUGUUCGGGUACUCCUAGUCCGCACUAUCGAUGGUCCAGACCAAAUCAUCCAGAUUUACCAUCGAAUGCUCAAACAUAUGAGAAUAUUCUUAGAUUAUCUAAUGUAGCCGUUAGCGAUAGUGGUACCUACAAAUGUACAGUAAUGACUCCGCAGGGCAUCUUCGAGGAAGAUUUCAAUCUCAUUGUACAGGGUGGACAUAACGAUGGGCCAGCAAUUGAAACGAAGUUUGCACCUUAUGGAUCUAGCAUUGAAAUGGAUUGUCACGUUGAUCUUGAACCACCUGUUAAAUUCCAAUGGAACAAACUUGGUGGAUUAUUAUCUCAGGAUACGGAAACUUAUCAGAAUAAAUUGAAACUGAAAAAUGUCAAAGCCGAAGAUGCAGGAACAUACAUUUGUAUAGCAAACAAUGAUAAAGUAAAUAUAGAAGUACCGACUGUGCUUGUUGUAACAGGAGUCGUACCUAACUUCAGUCAAGCACCAGAAAGUUAUAUAGCUUUGCCUCCGUUACCUGAUUCAUAUCUCAAGUUCAAUAUUGAAAUAUCUUUCAAACCGGAAAAUUAUGAAGGCAUUAUCUUAUACAAUGCUGAAUCAAAUCAUGGUAGUGGCGAUUUCAUUCUUCUAUCCUUAGUAGGAGGAUAUCCACAAUUCAAAUUUGACCUUGGUUCUGGAUCAGCUGUUAUAUCAGCAGAUAAAUCGAUUACUCUGGGUCAAUGGCAUACGAUUAAAAUUCAACGUGUUAGAAAAGAAGUAACGAUGCUAGUCGAUGGUCAAGGACCAUACAGAGGAGUUUCGGCUGGUCGAAGACAAGGAUUAGAUCUUAAGGGACCACUUUAUAUCGGUGGAGUUCCAAAUCACAGUAUUUUUAUCAAAGAGGCUGUUACGAAUAUCGGAUUUAUUGGUUGUAUCAGUAGACUAGUCAUUGGUGAAAAGGAAAUUGACUUGAUUAGAGACCAAACGGGUAACGUAGGGAUAACAACUUGCGAAACGUGCGCUGAAAAUCCAUGCAAUAACGGUGGAGUUUGCCAGGAGGCAGCUACGAAGAAUGGUUAUAUGUGUUUAUGUAGAGCCGGAUUUAGUGGGAAACAUUGUAACUUUGUUGGACAAUCUUGUUAUCCAGGUGCCUGCGGAGAAGGAAAAUGUAUGGAGAAGGAGACUGGUUUUGAUUGUUACUGCCCAUAUGGAAAAACUGGUUCACGUUGCGAACGAUCGGUAAAGAUCUAUGAACCAGCUUUUAACGAUGACAAAGCUUUCAUUGCACAUGAUACACCAAAGGCUCUUCGAAGGCUUAAAAUAGCUAUGAACUUCAAUCCUACCGACGAAGGAGAUGGAAUAUUGAUAUAUUGUUCUCAAAGCGAAGAAGGACUUGGGGAUUUUGCAGCGCUCAUAAUAAAGAACAAGCACGUUGAAUUCCGCUAUGAUAUCGGCUCGGGUAUGGCCACAUUAAGAUCUAAUUAUAUCGUGCAACCUGGAACAUGGACGUACGUAACGAUAAACAGAGAUUUUAAAGAGGCGAAAUUAUCUGUGAACGGAGAACCAUUUGUCGAGGCAAGAUCACCUGGUGGUGCACGUACCAUGACAUUGAAUACGCCAUUAUACAUCGGUGGCAUUGAUCGUAGAAAAAUUACAUUGAACAAGAAUCUUAAUGUUGAUCGUAGUUUUCGUGGGUGCAUUAGCGAACUCGAAGUAGCUUCCGUUAGCCUGGAGAUCUUAAAAUCGGCAAUGGAUAUGGCAAAUAUCGAAGAUUGUUCCAUGCUUCAUCCGAAUCAAACGAUUCCACGUACUACGCUCAUUACCCCUCCACCAACAAGUCCACCAACGACUUUGUACGAUCCGUGCACAUCGAGUCCUUGCAUACACGGGUUCUGUCAGAGUUUAGAUUCUCGCGAAUAUUCCUGUACGUGCGAAUAUGGAUAUGCAGGAAGAAAUUGUGAAAAUGUAUUGAAACAGUGUGAAGUGUAUGCACCUUGUAGAAACGGUGGCAGUUGCACGGAUCUACACGGAUCUUACAAAUGCGACUGUAGGCUUGGCUUUAACGGCCAAACUUGUGAAAAGUUAGCAGAGAUCACGUAUGACAUUGCAUUCAAAGGAGACGGCUGGUUAGAACUGGAAAGAUCAGUAAUGACGCACGAAGAAGAACGUGAAGUAUUGGGUUUCGAGAUAUCGACGAAUAAAACAAAUGGCUUGAUCAUGUGGCACGGUCAAACGCCGAAUGAUUUGAAUCCCGACGAUUACAUAUCUCUCGCGGUUGUUGAUGGUUACGUGGAAUAUCAAUACAAUUUAGGAUCAGGGCCGGCUGUUAUUCGCGUAACCGCUCAAAGGGUCGACGACGGAGAAAGGCAUAGAAUCAUUUUAAAACGACAAGGUAGCGACGGUAGCAUCGAGUUAAACGGCGAACAUACAGAAAGUGGACUGAGCGACGGGCUGCAACAAAUUUUGAAUACCAGAGGCAGCGUUUAUCUAGGAGGUGUACCCGAUUACGCAAUGACCUACGGACGAUACCACGAAGGAUUUUCCGGUUGUAUUUACACUCUCGAAGUACAAGACUCCGGGGCUAUUGAUAUAGGAGAGAAAGCUAUUAGAGGGAAAAACGUUUCUCCGUGUACCAGAGUGAGAUGGAUUCCAUCUUCAUUGGUAUUUACGGACGCAGAUGCAGAUAUUUUUGAUGCGUUUGUACCUCCACCUCCUGUAAAUAUUAUUCAUCCAAAACCUGCUGCUAAUGUAGCCACACUGAUCCAGUUGAAAAGACUCCCAUCCGUGGUGAUCCGGGAAGAAGACAUUAAGAGAAUCCAUACGUAUGGAUAUGAUCUUAUCUGAUUUUUCAAAAAAAAAAAAAAAAAAAAAAAAAAAAAAAAAAAAAAAAAAAAAAAAAAAAAAAAAAAAAAAAAAACCUUUUUCAAUAUUCAAAGCAGUAUGGUUCUUUUGGCGGAUGUUUCAGCGUUCGUUAAUACGUUUCGUUUUAUAGAAAGCUGCGUUUAUUUGCGAUGUAAAACUAUUACAUACAAAUGUUAUGUAACAGCAAGAAGUAUGGCAUUAUUAUAAUUUCAAAAAUUUUCCACUAAAAAAUAGGGAUAAACAUUAUUAAUUGUUGUAAAAAAUGCAAGAUAUUUCUCUAUACACAAAUAUUAAUUAUAAUUGGACAAAGACUUUGAUAUACAAACCCGUAAAGGUUUGUACCGAUGAAAGUAUGCGAUUAAAAUCAUACUCUGUUCAUUGAUAAUAAUAAGAAUCAUAUCUGACCUUAAGCAAAGUAAUUUUGACUUUUGUUUAAGUAUUUUAUGUUUACAAUCAUUCCCAAUGAUGUUAUUACAAACUAGUAACAAUUAUUUGAUUACUUACAAACUUUCUAACAGAAUAAUCUUUUAUUUCUACCAUUGAAAAUGUUUCCAUUCAGAAAUGUUAUACUGUUCUCUACUUUAUAGAUAGUUAAUUAUUAUUAACACUUUCAGAACAAUUAUAUUCAUUAUAGUUUCAUUUACUUUAUACUUUCUAAUAUAUAUAUAUACACACACACACACACACACACACACAUAUAUUUGUAAUAUUUUCCAUUUUACAUUUAAAAUAUAUUUCUAGAGCUGCCAUAGUGAUCGAGAAAAGAGAAAGGAAAGAGUGUUAAAAUAUGAUAACAUAUAAUUUUUCACUGCCAUGGUCUUAUUUCUUAGAGCUUAGAACUAAUAACAGCGAUUAACAGUGGAUUUAGAUUCUUUUAAAAAAUUGUAACAAUGAUCUAUGAAAGAAGUCACAAUUUGUAAAAUUUGUUCACAAUAUCGUUUAACAAUGAAGGAAAUAUUUAAAGGAUGAGUUUUCCUUAUGAGGCAACUUAUUACAUAAGAAUCAAGCUUAUAUACUUUUUUAGGCAAAACACGUCGAGAGAAAAUCUUUAGCGAGGAAACUUUGUUUUUACACGCUUUUGUAAAUUUUGCAAUUUAAAAUGGCGACGAUAAUAACGAUAUAACAAUGAUAUUAAUGAAACUUAACAAUAAAUAUUAGUAAUAUUAUAAGGUGAUUGAAAUAUAUCACGAUUUGAUCGAACAAGUAGCGAAUGAAUAACAUCAAAACUUGUUUUUGCAAUUAUAUCCUUUAAUUGUGACUACUUUCGUACUAUAGAAAACUAAUAUCACUUGUUAUAGAAUGAAAUUAAUGAAUUUUGUUAAAAUAAGCGCGACGAAAAAAGUUUCGAUAGAUAAAAUUUCAGCUAAAAGAUGAAAUUUUAAUAAUUAAUAUGUACUAUUUUUUAUCAAGAAAUUGGAAAGUUCGCAGUUUAUGUAAUAUGAACGAAUGCAAGUUACUUCUAGAACAUUUAAUAUAAUAGUUACGAUUGGUGCUAGUAAAACGUGUUGCAAAUAUUGUAUUGAUAUCGAAUAUACUGCAACGUGUGCAUAAAAAUAAAAGUGAAUUAUUUACUCUUGUAAUUAAUAAUAUAUUCUUACAAUUCACAGAUAUAUUCUAUAAUUCUAAAUAAGAAUUCUAAUUCUAAUCAAAUAUCUUGCUGAAACAGAGAUAGGCCAAAAAGUCUAUGAUCUCUCUCUGUCUAACGUUAAUUAACAAUGAUCUAUUUUAUUAUUCCCUCAUAAAUCUAUAUAUCUCCAUUAUUUUAUGUAUAAUAAAUAAAAUUCUUUUGCAAUAGCUUAGAACAUAAAUCUCAGAAUGGACUGAUAUGAGAUAUCAUUGUAUGUUAUCUUUCUACAUCAUCAACACAAGAUAUUUUAAUCCUCCGAUUGAAUAAUCUAUGUAUAAAAAAUUUAACACGCAAUUACAAUUUAACACAGUUUACGGCAUAAUUUAACACUGAGGAAAUGCUUAUUAAUGUCAAUGCAAAUGCUAAUAUGACUUACAUGAUGUAUUACGUAUGUAAAGUUAUAAAUUGAAAGUACAUAACAUGAUUUAAGAUGUAGCUUGCGUCGUUAAAAAAUAAUAUUACAAAAAUAUAUAUAUAUAUAUACACACGUGGGUGGGUGUGUGAGUGUGUGUGUGUGUGUGUGUGUGUGUGUGAGAGAGAGAGACAAUAAAUAUAAUUUUGUUAAGAAAGAUCAGUUUAUUGCAUCCUCGUGUUAAUUAACGUUAUUAAACGUUGGAAUUUUAACUUGCAACAAAUCUCAUAGAAAUUUUCGCGAAAUCGUUCGUUCGAAGUCGUUUUUAUUACUAGUUGAAGAAAUAAAUAAGCAAAACUAUAUAUAUAUAUAUAUAUAUAUAUGUGUGUGUAUAAGAAAAAUAAUAUAAAGAGUAUUAUAUUUACAUAAGAAAAAUAAGAAAAAGAAAAGAUAAACUUAUAUCAGCAUACUAUAUACACAGAUGACUAUUGAGACAAAAGUAUUAUAAAAUGAACGUGUCAUUGAUGUCCGAAUAUGCAGUUUGAUUAAACAUCUAUAGGUUGCUAUAAGUCAGUUUUAUAGCCAGAUAUAAAUGGUAGUCCAGUAGGUACUUUUCCUUGGUAUUCAACGUAUGCUUCGCCAAAAAAAUUCAACAACGUUAUUUCUUCUAUAAGAAUACGAUCGUGGAAGAAUCUCCAAGAAGCAACUGCGUAUCCCAAAAUGCAAAAUGGAUUUUGGAGUAUCAACUGUAAGAAGAUUGAAAGUAAAUUAUUAAAAUGUU